AUGAAUUUUCUAAGAAAACGAAGAUCAUCAAAUUCAUCAGAUAGUGAUGAUGAUUCAAAUCCAAAUAAUCAAUCACAAACUAAGAAAUCAAGAAAACCACCAAAUACAGCGUUUCGUCAACAAAGAUUACAAGCUUGGCAACCAAUAUUAACUCCAAAAUCAGUCAUACCUUUUUUAUUCUUAUUGGCAAUAAUUUUUGCACCAUUAGGUAUUGCAAUAAUAUAUACAACUUAUAAUGUUCAAGAAUUAAAUAUAGAUUAUUCAGAUUGUCUUAAGCAAACUAAUGAAUAUGAAUCAAUACCUUCGAAAUAUACUGGUUUUCAUUUCAAACAGAAUGUGAAGCCUGAUUUCAAAUGGAAAGUCGAAAAUAUAACAAGUGAAGAUCAAAGAUGUAUAAUACAGUUUAAUAUGCCAGAUUUAAAACCACCAUUAUAUUUAUAUUAUAAAUUAACAAAUUUUUAUCAAAAUCAUAGAAAGUUUGUUGAAAGUUAUGACAUAGAUCAAUUAGGAGGUAAACCAUUAACAAGUGAUGAAGUAACAGAUAAUUGUAAACCUUUAAAACAUCGAGAAAUUGAUGGUGAACAAAAACUAAUAUAUCCAUGUGGAUUAAUAGCAAAUUCUUAUUUUAAUGAUACAAUAUAUUCACCAGUUUUAUUGAAUGCAAGAAAUGGUAAUGAUAAUGAAACUUACCAAUUUUCAGAUCAAGACAUGUCGUGGAGUUCAGACAAGAAUCAUAAAUUUAAAAUGACUCAAUAUGAAGCAAAAGAUAUUGUUCCACCACCAAAUUGGGAUAAGAUGUUUCCACAAGGUUAUAAUGAUUCUAAUUUACCAAAUAUACAAAAAUGGGAACAUUUACAGAAUUGGAUGAGAACUGCUGCAUUACCUAAUUUUUAUAAAUUAUAUGGUAAAAAUACAACUCAAUCAUUAUCAUCAGGUACUUAUGAAAUAAGUAUAGAUUUAAAUUAUCCAGUUAGUAUAUAUGGAGGUACUAAAAAUAUAGUUAUAACAAACAAUAAUGUAUUUGGAGGUAGAAAUGUUAGUUUGGGUGUCAUUUAUAUGAUUGUUGCAGUUAUUUCUUUGGUUUUAGGAGUUGGAUUUUUAUUACAAUUUUUAAUAAAACCUAGAAAAAUUGGUGAUCAUAAUUAUUUACAAGAUGGUGAAAUUAUAAAUUAUCGUGAUCAACUUUGA